GGUGGUGGGGAGGAGGCGGCCUGGGCGGCGCGGGACCCGAGUGGGCCAAGCCGAGCGCCAGCGCUGCCCGCGCGGGGUGCGGAGCCCGAGCCCGAGCCCGAGCCCGAGGCACGGCCGCCGCCGCCAUGCGCUGGGUCCGCGCGCUACUGAAGAAUGCGUCCCUGGCAGGGGCGCCCAAGUACAUCGAGCACUUCAGCAAGUUCUCCCCGUCCCCGUUGUCCAUGAAGCAGUUUCUGGACUUCGGAUCCAGCAAUGCCUGUGAGAAAACCUCGUUCACCUUCCUCAGGCAGGAGCUGCCAGUGCGCCUGGCCAACAUCAUGAAAGAGAUCAACCUGCUUCCCGACCGGGUGCUGAGCACACCCUCGGUGCAGCUGGUACAGAGCUGGUAUGUCCAGAGUCUCCUGGACAUCAUGGAGUUCCUGGACAAGGACCCUGAGGACCAUCGGACCCUGAGCCAGUUCACCGACGCCCUGGUCACCAUCCGGAACCGCCACAACGACGUGGUACCCACCAUGGCGCAGGGCGUGCUGGAGUACAAGGACGCCUACGGCGACGACCCGGUCUCCAACCAGAACAUCCAGUACUUCCUGGACCGCUUCUACCUCAGCCGCAUCUCCAUCCGCAUGCUCAUCAACCAGCACACCCUGAUCUUUGAUGGCAGCACGAACCCAGCCCACCCUAAACACAUUGGCAGCAUUGACCCCAACUGCAACGUCUCUGAGGUGGUGAAAGAUGCCUACGACAUGGCCAAGCUCCUGUGUGACAAGUAUUACAUGGCCUCACCUGACCUGGAGAUCCAGGAAAUCAAUGCAUCCAACUCCAAACAGCCAAUUCACAUGGUCUAUGUCCCCUCCCACCUCUACCACAUGCUGUUUGAACUCUUCAAGAACGCCAUGCGAGCAACUGUAGAAAGCCAUGAAUCCAGCCUCACUCUCCCAUCUAUCAAGGUCAUGGUGGCCUUGGGCGAGGAAGAUCUUUCCAUCAAAAUGAGUGACCGAGGUGGAGGUGUCCCCUUGAGGAAGAUCGAGCGACUCUUCAGCUACAUGUACUCCACAGCCCCCACGCCCCAGCUCGGCACUGGGGGCACCCCACUGGCUGGCUUCGGGUAUGGACUCCCCAUUUCGCGCCUCUAUGCCAAGUACUUCCAGGGGGACCUGCAGCUCUUCUCCAUGGAGGGCUUUGGGACUGAUGCUGUCAUCUAUCUCAAGGCCUUGUCCACGGACUCGGUGGAGCGCCUGCCCGUCUACAACAAGUCAGCCUGGCGCCACUACCAGACCAUCCAGGAGGCCGGCGACUGGUGUGUGCCCAGCACGGAGCCCAAGAACACGUCCACGUACCGUGUCAGCUAAGGGGCCACCCCGCUCAUCCGCACCCAAGAAGAGGGACUGCUGUCUCUGGGUCCGGCCACCACGGUGACCCUCCCCAUCUCCCCGCCAGAUGAGGAGGAGGCCCCCCUGAUGACCAGCUUCUGUCUCUAUGGAAAUCACUGCAGUGACCAGUCUGUGGUGGCCCCAAAGUGCCAAUCUCUGUCUCCAUGGAGAUCCUUAGGUGGUCUCCCUGGGUCCAAGCUCUGUGGGCAAUGCCUGAGGAUCGGGGGAUGUCUCCACCCUGAUGGAAUAUCCCAGAAAUAAGUUUCCAUGGCAGUCCUCCUCUCUGAGCCCAGAGCUGCCACUUUCUCUGCCAAGGGUCCUAGGACCCCCUCACUGCCACUCACAGCCCUGGCUUUCCAAGUAGACACCCCCUGCUCGCCUUAUUCCUCCGGCCCGUGCCGGUACCCUGGCCCUGGUCUGGUGUCCGUGUUAGGAGGGGGCCAGGUGUCCGCCAGAUGUGGGGUAGUGGGAGGGGACCCCCCCUGGUCAGGGACCUAGUCCUGCAGUCUGGCCUUCCACUCUUGAGUUUAAGGUCAAAGUUAAAAGGGAGGGGCUUCUCGCCUGGGGCUUACUCCCAAAGCCCAGGAACCCGGGGAGGCCCCAGCCCUUCCCUGCAUGUCCUCACAUGCACACACCUGCCUGCCACACACGGUCCCCACCUGACCUCCAGACCCCGACUCCCACUGUGCCCAGACACGCGUGUGCUUGGGCCGCCUUUCUCCCUAGAAUGUUCUGUGUACAUAGCUAGUUUUUUAGCCCUGAAUGCCCACCCCCCCCACCCCAACCCUUCCCCUGAGCACACAGGGGGUUAAAGUCGUGUGCUCCUCCCAGUGGCUGUGACAGUGACAUCCACAGUAAAGAGGACAUCAAAUGA